AAACCUCUUUUGCCAACAUUUAUUUAUUCUUAUAUAUACCCACACACACACUCCAUUUCCAAGAACAGCAUAAUACCAUGGAAAACAGAAGGAGAUUUUUGAAGAAUCAGAUGCAAAUCAGCAAAAGCAAAGCAAAGUCCAAUUGCAAGAAGCAUCCUAAACACAAGCAAAAUCCCGGGGUUUGCUCCGUCUGUCUUAGUGAAAAACUCUCUCUGCUUUCAAAAACUUCACCAAGUAAUACUACAACUAUUACUUCUUCUUGUUCUUCUUCUUCUUUGUCGUCUUUGUCUUCGUCAUCGGAUGUUUCGUCGUGUUCUUCUCCACCUCGUUAUAGAAUGGACACUAAUGUGCUUAUGAAGAGUAGAUCACUGGCUUUAAUAAUGAGAAGAAGAGAAGGUGGAAUAUUGGAAGAGAGUAAUGGGAAUAAGAAGAAAGGAGGAUUUUUGUCUAAGUUGUUAAGUCCAAGGAGAAAUAGAAAGGAUGAAGGAUUGGCGCAUUCAAGAACAAUGAGAGAAAGGGUGAUAACAAGACUAAGAACUACUGCAGCAUGAGAUUUUUUUUUUUUUUUUUUUUUUUUAAUUUUAUUUUCUUCUUGGUUUUGAUUUGAUAGAAUCUGUUGUAUUGUUAUUAGUUUUUUGCUAGUCAAAAUUAGACAAAAGAAAAAUAUAGUACGAAAAUAGGCCACGUCUGUAUGAACUAUGUUCGUGGAAAUUGUGAAUGAUUAUCGGGAAAAACAAUUACCUUUGAAUAUAUAGUGUACAACAUUUUACAGUU